AUGGAUGCAGCACAGGAAGUCAUCUUCAAAGCUGUAGAAUGUCAGAAAGGAACGAAAGAGAUCAUCGCUCGUGGAGACUCGGCCGUGCAGCAGUUCUACCACGGCGCCACCGUGUUCGUGACAGGCGGCUCCGGCUUCCUCGGCAAGCAGCUCGUAGAGAAACUCUUCAGAACCUGUAAAUUGAAGAGAGCAUACGUUCUGAUGAGGGCAAAAAAGGGCAAAUCAGUCGAAGAGCGGUUUGCUGAAAUUUUUAAAGACCCUCUAUAUGACAGUCUUUGGGAAGAACAGCCUGAUUUCAUUGAUAAAAUAGUUCCUAUUAUUGGCGAGCUAUCUGAAAAGGACUUGGCAUUUAGCAAAAACGACUGGGAGAAGUUAAUCAAAGAGGUGGAUGUGAUAUUUCAUGUCGCAGCCACGGUGUACUUUGAAGCGCCUCUACGCUCAGCAACCUUCACCAACGUCAGAGGAACCAGGGACCUUCUGCGAUUGGCCAAGCAAUGCAAGAAGUUGAGGUCUUUUAUCUACGUGUCUACAGCAUAUUCCCAUGCUACCUUCAGCAGACGAGAUACGCGAGUGCUGGAGCAGUUCUAUCCAAGUCCAGUUCCUCCGGACCUCAUGAUAGAGAUGGCGGAAACCAUGGAUGAAGACAGGAUCAACCUCAUCAAAGACGGAAUAAUAAACGACUGGCCGAACACAUACGCUUUUACCAAAGCUUUGGCUGAGGACCUGGUACGCAGUCAUUUAGAGGAACUUCCCAUAUUCGUGGUCAGACCAUCCAUUAUUGUUUGCGCUAAAAAAGAACCAUAUCCCGGCUGGAUUGAUAUCAGUAGCAUGUUUGGACCUAGCGGAAUAACUUUAGGCUGCAUGCUGGGUGUGAUUCAUGCCCUCCAAUCUGUCCAGGAUAUUCGGAUCGACUUCAUCCCUGUAGAUUACGUUAAUAACGUUGCUAUUGUGGCCGCUGCUAAUACUAACAAGAAACAUAGGGUUUACAACAUCGCCAGCACUAAUAGAAAUCAUAUAACUUGGGGGGGUCUUUCAUAUAUUCUCAACAAUGUAGCAAGGAGGACCGUAAUUUCGCCCCAAGCCAUUUGGUACUGUUUCGCCGUCCAAUCUCCGUACAAAUGGGUGUUUCAAAUGGUCAGUUUCUUUCUUCACACCAUACCUGCGAAUUUGGCUGAUGCCGCUUGUGUCUUGGUGAAGAAACCGCCCAGGUUGAAGAAAACGUACGCAACAAUAACAAAAAUGGCUACAACAGUUGCGUUUUACACGAACAACAACUGGAUAUUUGAAGACAACAACACUGUUGAAUUGUUCAAUAGUUUGUCCAGAGAAGACAGGGUUAUAUACCACUGUGACGCAACAGACAUCAACUGGACCGAACAAAUUGUCCUCUGGUGUGUCGGCCUAAGAAAAUAUAUUGUCAAAGACGGCUUGAAAGACACAGCAUGGGGGAUGAAAAAACAGUUUUAUUUCAGACAAAUGGCAGUUCUAAGCGACAAAAAGAGAAAGGGCACGGAAAAGACGACGGAAAAAGGCAAUUCCGUGCUGCCUGAUGUGGUCCAACCCUUAUUGACGGUUCAUCGUGAUGUUCUAGGCGUCAACAAAUAA